ACAACUCCCAGAGUGCUCUGCGGCCAGCGCGGCUUCGGAAUGGCGGCGCCCGGGCCCGAGGCGAGCGACGGCGACAGCGAGGAAGACGCGGCGGCCUGGCAGCGCCUGCGGGAGGCGGCCUGGGAUCCGGCGCUCGGGCGAGCGGCUGCCCUGUCUCCAGGCGAGAAUUCUUCGAAAAAGAACCAGCAAGCAGGUGAAUCCAGCAUCAGAGAGAAGAUCUACAAUCAUGAGCAGGAUGGAAAUGAACUGCAGACCACACCAGAAUUUCGAGCACACGUUGCAAAGAAACUGGACACAAUCUUGGACAAGGCGAUAACCCUCUCAAUGUGCCCCUUGCAACUCCCGCAGCACGAGAACGGAGCCUCCCUGGAAGAAGACAGUGGCUUUCGCCUCUUCUCCUCCUCCGUUCCGGGAAACUGUGGGGAGCCAGAAUCUGCUCCCCGGAAACGGUCGGCGUUGCAGCAUUCCAGCUCCAGCGUUGCUUGUGAUUCUUCCAGUGGCCUGGAAAGUGACACAGAGUGGCAGAAAUGCCAAGAAGCUGCGGUGACAGCAGCAGACAUCCUGAAGCAAAGUGGCCUGUCACCGCCAGUGGCCCAGGACUCCGGUCACACAAGAGAGGCCGGAUGGAAAAAAGUCAAGAAGAAGAAGAAGAAGAAGAAAGGGAAAAGAGAGGCGGGUGGCCAGCCAGAGGCCAUUGAAGCAGCAAAUAAUAGCCAGAACAAGGACCUCUCGUGUCCCAGCAGGCCAGAGGCCGUCAGUCGGACAGAGAUGGUGCAGAGAAAGAGGAAAAGGAGGAAAACAGGAGCAGGAACAGAACGACCAUCCCUCUAAUGCAGGGGUGUCAAACUUGCAACGUCACGUGACGUCUCGCGACUUUUUUUCCAUUGCCGGCAAUGGGGUGGGCGCGGUUUUGCCAUGACGCAUAUAGCCUGCGGGCCGGCAGUUUGACACUCCUGCUCUAAUACUUAUGUGCCAGGGGGAGUUACUUACAGGGGGCUCCUGAGUUGGGCCUGGUUUGGCUGUGCACCCUGGGAAAAUGAAGGGACUCUCUCGGUAAUGGAAAACAGCUGCUCCGACUACUGUUCUCUUGGUGGGUCUGGGAUAGAUCAGGCGGGCUGUUGGGGCUCCUGGGUAGCGUGACAAAUUGGGAGGAAGAGCGGGCUGGCGUUCCUUGCAUCCCAUCAAAGUGGACACCCCUGAUGGCUGCUUUCUGAGGUGAGCCCCAGCAUCUCUUGGAGCUGCAGGACCUGGGGGGGCAGUGUUGACAACCUUUGUGGGUCACCUGGAGAGCAGCCAUGGCAUCUUCUCUGUUUCCUCACCUCGUCCGUCUGAAGAAUAACAUGAGUCUCUUUUACAGAUAUGGUUCCAGUUUCUAUGAGAUGGUUAUUUUGUGAAUAGCCAAUAUACAAUAUUUCGGAUACAG